GAGGAGAAGCGCGUCCUCUGGUCGUCACUCUCUUUCCUGUUCAAUGUCCUUCUGAGUGAGCACGCUCAGACACGUGCAUGUGAAAACGUCUUCUUUGCUUUGCAAAUCCUCCAUUUUUUGUGUUUCGCUGAAACACACGACACAGUCAUGGUGAAGUUAGCAAAGGGAGCUAGUAAGCAAGCAGUUCAAAAGAAAAAGGCCCCUCCACCACCAAAAGAAGUAGAGGAGUCCAGUGAGGAGGAGAGCAGUGAAGAGGAGGAGACUCUUCCACCAAAAAUGAAGAAAGCCACACCAGGUAAAACACCUGUCCUUAAAAAUGGAACCCCAGUGCUAAAACAAAGUCAAGACGAUGAUGAUUCUGAAGAGGAAGAAUCUGAAGAGGAAUCUCCCCCACCAAAGAAGACUCCUGGAAAAGCAACACCAGCUAAAGGCACACCGGGCAAGGCAGCACCCACAAAGGCAGCAGAGUCGGAUGAAGAUGAUGGUGAUGAGUCAGAAGAGGCCCCACCACCCAAGAAGGUGGCAAAGCCUGCAGCCAAGGCACCUGCAAAACCAGCUGCAAAGAUUCCAGUGAAGGCCCAGGCUGCACAAGAACUAUCUGAUGAUGAUGAUGAUGAGGAGGAGGCGUCUGAAGAAGAGGCACCACCACCCAAGAAAGCUGCAAAGUCUGCAACCAAAUCAGCUCCAAAGGCCCAACCCAUGCAAGAGUCCGACGAAGAUGAAGAGUCUGAAGAAGAAGCACCACCACCAAGGAAAGGGGCGAAAUCUGUAGCCAAACCAGCUCCAAAGGCAGCGGCAAAGGUUCCAGCCAAGACCCCACCUGCACAAGAGUCUUCUGAUGACGAUGAUGAGGACGAUGAGUCAGAAGAAGAGGUUCCACCACCCAAGAAAUCUACUCCAGUUGCCAAACCUCCAGCUAAGGCCAAACCUCCAGCUAAGGCCAAACCUGCAAAAGAACCAUCGGAUGAUGAUGAUGACGAUGAUGAUGAUGAUGAGGAGUCUGAGGAGGAGAUGGACACUACUCCUGCUCCAGCACCUGCCAAGGCAAAGAAAGCAGGGAUGGUCAAGGCUAAAGAAUCCGACGAUGAUGACGAUGAGGAGGAGGAUGAUGAUGAUGACGAGGAUGAAGAAGGUGAAGAAACCCCAGUGGUGCCUGCAAAGAGGAAAGCGGACAGCAAAAAGGACACACCACCUGCAAAGAAAGCAAAGUCAGAUGGUGAAGCAUUCUGUCUCUUUGUUGGGAACUUGAAUUCCAGCAAGGACUUUGAUGAAAUUAAAUCAUCUCUCAGGAAAUUCUUCAGCAAGAACAAUCUUGAGAUCGUAGAUGUCCGGUUAGGUGCAUCCAGGAAGUUUGGCUAUGUGGACUUUGCAUCUGAGGAAGACAUGCAGAAGGCCUUGGAGCUCAAUGGCAAGAAAGUCAUGGGCCAGGAGAUGAAGUUAGACAAAGCCAGAAGCAAAGAGAAUUCUCAAGAGGGCAAAAAAGAGAGAGAUGCCCGGACACUGUUUGUAAAAAACCUUCCUUUCUCGGCAACUGUUGAUGACCUGAAAGAAGUUUUUGAGAAUGCUGUUGAUGUUCGGUUACCUCAAGGUCACAGCGGUUCAAACAGAGGCAUUGCCUAUGUUGAGUUCAAAACUGAGGCUGAAGCAGAGAAGAUGCUGGAGGAGGCCCAGGGCACAGAUGUCCAGGGGAGGGCCAUCAUCAUUGACUUUGUUGGUGAAAAGAGUCAGAAAGGGCACAAGAUGGGAGGAGCAGCCAGCAAAACGUUGGUGGUAAAUAAUCUUGCCUUCAGUGCAACUGAAGAAGUUCUACAAGCCACAUUUGAGAAGGCAGUUUCAAUUCGUAUCCCCCAAAGAGAUGGAAGACCUAAGGGUUUUGCUUUUGUAGAGUUUGAGAGCACAGAAGAUGCCAAGGAAGCCUUGGAGAAUCUCAACAACACUGACAUUGAAGGCCGGUCUAUCCGACUGGAGUUCAGCCAGAACAGCGGUGGCAAAGGAGACGGGGGCAGAGGAGGCUCUGGGCCUACUAAAACCCUCUUUGUCAAGGGUCUUUCUGAGGAUACGACAGACCAAACCCUUAAGGAAGCAUUUGAGGGUGCCGUUGCAGCCAGAAUAGCAACAGAUCGAGACACUGGUUCAUCAAAGGGGUACGGCUUUGUAGACUUUGACAGCCAGGAGGACUGCAAGGCAGCGAAGGAGGCCAUGGAAGAUGGCGAGAUCGAUGGCAACAAAGUGACCCUUGACUAUGCCAAGCCUAAGGGUGAAGGCGGCUUCCGUGGAGGUCGUGGUGGCGGCUAUGGUGGCGGCUUUGGAGGCCGUGGAGGUGGCAGGGGAGGAGGUCGGGGCGGCCGUGGAGGUGGAAGAGGUGGCCAUCGUGGAGGAGGACGUGGAGGCGGACGCGGUAGCUUUGGAGGUGGAAGAGGUGGGGGUGGAUUUGGAGCCAAACCGCAGGGGAAGAAAAUCAAGUUUGAUGACUAAAUUCUUAGUCUUUUACUUUUUGAAAGGACUCUGGUUUUGUCAUUUUUCAGAGCUUUUGGACAUUCCAGAAAGCAUUGUCAUGUAUUUAACUUUUCAUGGGCAUUUUAGCCCUUAUAUUUAGAACCUUACGUCUCCCUUCCUCUGUGCUAGGAUGGUACUUUGGACCUUCUCGGCUUGAGGACUUUGAGUAGUGAAUGUCCUGAAUCAAAUCUACAGUUCCUCUGCGUUAGCUUACUUGCUUCUCCGGAGGAGAAAAAUGAAAUCUGUCCGACAAACAAGGUUGAUGUGAAAAAAAAAAAUGCUUUGUCGGAUAUGUUGUAAAUUUAAACAGUUUCAUUUUACCUUUUGUAAAAACAAGGUGGGGAUGGGGGGGUUUCAUCAUAUCAGUGUGUUUUAUUUUGUCAUCUAGUUUGCUAAAAGUUUAACUGUAAUGUGUAAAGCAUAUUUUGUUGCGCUGAUGUUUGAGUUAAUGUUGAGAAUUUGGCAAAUGCUCUGUUCAUGUUUCUUUGGGACUCAGUCAGUGUCUAAGGCACAGAGGAUGAGCCUCUAAUCUAUGUAACAUAAAAUAUUUGUAGUUCAUUGACUAAUUUUUUUUCCCCAUCUGAAAAUCUCAAGAUUUUCAUGGGGUUGAAUAAAAUCUUGUAGGUGGUGAUUUUUAAA